UUCAGUGGAAGUGUACAGCUUAAAGGAAUAAGUAGGACACUACCAUAAUCAUGACAGAAGAUGCACCAAUUGCAUCCAGCAUACCUGAGUACAAUGGGAAUGUACCUCCUGAAAAAACUCGGUUCCAGGUCAUUGAUAUUAUUGAUGAAAUAGCAAAAUCUGUUGGCUCAGUUCCACAUGAAAAUGCAGAAACCAGUUCUGAAGCUCCAUUUAUAAAAGAAAAUCCAGAGGAAAUUAAAAAUUCUUUAGAGGACAGCACAACGUGUGAAGCUCCUGAAGGGAAGCAGCAAUGUGAAGAAAAGCAAGAUGAAAACAAUACAACUCUAAAGAAGAGAUCAGCUGACAUCCCUUCCCAGGACGCACGAGCUGAGCAAAAGAAAUCAGAGGAAGGGCAAUAUGAGGAGAUAAUUCCUGUAAGCACCAAAGAAUGUGAAGUAAAUAGGCAGGAAGAAAGGAAUGCAAAGCAACCUCAAGGAAGAAAGUUUGAUCAUGCUAACAAGGCUGAGAAGUUUCUACCCGCAGGAGCACAAGAAAUGGUGCAGAUCCUUGAACGCAAAGUACAAAUUAAAGACGAGAUGCAAUUAAAAGCAAGAGAGAAUGCAGCAGAGGAAGAGGAUGAGGAUGCUGAAGAGGAAGAACAAGUCCAAUUGACAGAAAAUAAGAAAGUAAACAGUGAGGAGUCUUAUUUAAAGAAACAAGAAAAUGGCAGGGAGGAAUCCCCUCCUAACAGUCCCAGUUUUAACUCCCAGGCUGAGAAACCAGGGGAGCAACUAGAAAUUGGGGGAAAAAAUGAUGUCUCCAAACAUAGUUAUUCUAAAUACAAUACAAUCUCCUAUCGGAAGAUCAGAAAAGGAAACACAAAACAAAGAAUUGAUGAAUUUGAAUCCAUGAUGCAUUUAUAA